AAACAACAUAACAUUUUCGAUUAAAGAAAGGGGAACUCCGAAAACUAUGGGGAUGUGAACGGCACCAACGAAGUCCGAGCCCCUCAACGUGUGCGUGUAUAUAUAUGUGAUAUGUCAAAGAAGAGAAACAAAGAAACUGCACCACCGCAACACACAUACGAGAGAAGAGAAGAAGAUCGAGAGAGAGAGAGGAAAAUGUCGUGGCAAACUUACGUGGAUGAGCAUCUGAUGUGCGAUAUUGAUGGGCAGGGCCAGGGCCAGCACCUCGCUGCCGCUGCUAUCGUCGGCCACGAUGGCUCUGUCUGGGCUCAGAACUCUUCAUUCCCCCAGUUUAAGCCUCAGGAGAUUACUGAUAUCUUGAAGGAUUUUGAUGAACCGGGUCAUCUUGCUCCCACGGGCUUACACCUUGGGGGCACCAAAUACAUGGUAAUCCAGGGAGAGCCUGGAGCUGUCAUCCGUGGAAAGAAGGGAUCUGGAGGUAUCACCAUAAAAAAGACUGGCCAAGCUCUAGUUUUUGGCAUCUAUGAAGAACCUGUGACACCAGGACAGUGCAACAUGGUUGUUGAGAGGCUGGGGGAUUACCUUAUUGAGCAGGGCCUGUAGGCCAAGGUCAAUCAUCAUUUGAGUGCUUCUUUUGGGGUUCACAUAAUUUUCUAUUUUCUUUUCUUCCCUUUUGAUUUCAGUUCCAGGUUUGCAUCUUCAUUGAAAUCCUAAAAUUGGCGGUGAAGUCAUUGCAGACAAUAACCAUGUGAGAACUAAGACAUUUGUUUUGUGUUAAGGUUGUUUGAAUUGCACUACCUUUAUAUUCUAUAGAUGUUUUGUGUAA